GUUCCCUCCUCCUACCACCACACUCCCCACGGCCGCGCCGCCCACCCGAUCGAUCGUCGUUUAGCUGCUCCAGUCAACAGCCAUGAACCGCCCGACGCCGGCGCACCACGGCCACGGGGGCAUGCCGCCGCCGACGCGGCACGGGCUGGCCAGGUACGGCUCCGCGCCGGGCUCCUUCCUCGCCGCGCUCUCCGAGGUCGUGCGCGGCGACGCGCCCUCGCCCGCAACAGCGCACCACCAGCACCACCACCAGCCCCAGCAACAGCAGCAGCAGGCCGUGAGCCGCUUCUUCUCCGGGGAGUCGUCGGGGCUCACCUCCUGCGAGUCCACCUCCCGCCCGGACGUCCCCACGCUCCACCGCGCCUACGGCGGCUCCGGCGAGAUCCACGUGCCGCCCCCAGCCCUCGCGCCGCCGCCGCAGCAGCAGCAGUCCGGCCUCCUCCGCCACAGCAGCUCCCCCGCCGGCCUGCUAUCCCGCCUCGUCGGCGACCCGCACGUGAUGGGGAGCUACUCGCAAGGAGCGGGAGGCAGCAUCAACGUGAUGACGCAGCAGCAGAGUCGGCUGAGCUCGCAGUGGAGCUUCUCCAGGCAGGACAUGAUGCCGCACAUCACGGAGAUGGGGAUGGCCGCCAUGCCGGGCACCAACGACAUUGGGGAGAGCAUCGCAACCGGCAGCGCCGGCGCCGGAUGCAACAGCUCCAGCGACCUCUCCAGGAGCUUCUCCAUGAGCUCAUGGGACGACACCAACUCCAUCAUGUUCUCCUCUCCCAACAAGAGGGCCAGGGUGGCGGUGGACGGCGACGACGCCAACUUCAGCAACAUCGACUCGCAGUUUGGCCUGUCGAGCUCGUCUCUGGAAAUGCCCGGCAUGGAUGAAUACCUGCAGAUGCAGGACUCCAUCGCAUGCAGAGUCCGCGCCAAACGUGGCUGCGCGACUCACCCGCGAAGUAUCGCUGAGAGGGAAAGAAGAACAAGGAUCAGCAAGAGGCUAAGGAAGCUGCAAGAGCUCGUGCCAAACAUGGACAAGCAAACAAAUACUUCAGAAAUGUUGGACAUUUCUGUAGACUACAUCAAAGUUCUGCAGGAACAAAUUGAGAAAUUAAAACAGGACCAAGAAAACUGCUCUUGCUCAGCCAAGCAGGAAUGCUGAGGCUGGAGAACCAGAUCUACGAUGUUAUGUUGUACCAAUGUGAUUGGCAAAGCACAAGUUUUCCUUCGGAAGAUUAAGCUGUAAAUGUCGUCCGGCAUGUCAAGUUAUCUUCAUGCCCAGCUUCCCAUUUCUUGGUUUGUACUACGGAUUAGCUUCAAUGGCUCGAAGACUAGGAGAUGACAAGUAGAAUAUUGUAAUUUAAGUAUGUAAUAUAAGGCAUCGGCAAUCUUUCAUUUCAAUGCGAACUGAAUGGCUUCUGUUUA